AUGAUUAAUCCAAAAAUCCUUUACAGCUACAUAAGACAGAGCACACGGAACAAAGAUCCUGUCCCACUGCUGCGAACGACUGAGGGUGUGGAAAUCUCCGAUGACAAGGAUAAGGCUGAACAUCGUUCUCAGUUCUUCCGGUCAGUCGUGACAAGUGAACCUGCUUUUUCCUCACCCGCUUAUGAAGACGAUGAAACGCCUACCCUCGAAGCCGUCUUCUUCACCGAAACAAUUGUUCGGAACGAGUUACUAAACCUAAAAGAAUCGACCUCCCCAGGCCCUGAUGCAAUCCCGGCCAAGCUGCUGAAGGAACUAGCUUCCGAAAUGUCCAAGCCGUAAGCCUUGAUCUUUCAAACUUCAUUUGUUACUGGAUGCCUGCCCUCUGACUGGAAGUCCGCUACCAUCACUCCGCUUUUUAAGGGUGGAAGUCGUGCGUCUGCGAAUAACUACAGGCCAGUGAGUCUUUCCUCCAUCUGUUGCAAAAUCAUGGAGAAGAUCAUUAAGAAGGCCUUGGUGCAGUUCCUCGAGCAGCACCAUCUCCUUUCUGAUGCCCAACACGGCUUUCGAAGUGGUAGGUCCUGCCUCACGAAUCUGCUCUUUACGCUCGAACGCUGGACCAAAGCACGUGAUGAAGGCAAGGUGGUGCACGCCAUCUACAUCGACUUCAAAAAGGCUUUCGACAGCGUUAAUCAUCAACGUCUCCUGUACAAACUGCGCAACGCUGGAAUUCGUGGACGCCUUCUUGUAUGGAUCCAGAGCUUUCUGGCUGGACGGUCCCAGAGAGUGCAGGUCGGGCGUCAACAGUCCUCAGAUGUAAGCGUGGUGAGUGGCGUCCCACAGGGCUCAGUCUUAGGUCCCACGUUAUUCCUCGUUUUCGUAAAUGACUGCGUCAAGGACCUAGACUGUGAUGCCAUCCUGUUUGCCGACGACAUAAAAUUGUGGAAAGUUAUUCACGAUGCGGCAGACGCAGACCACCUGCAAGCAAACUUGAACAGGCUCGAAGACUGGUCGAAGCGCUGGCUUAUGCCCUUCAAUAUAAGCAAGUGUAACUUUCUUCAACUCGGCGGCUUCAGAGCCCCCAGCCCCAGGACCUACUUUCUAAACGGCACACCACUGCAACAGAUUGACAGUCAGAAGGAUCUGGGUGUAUGGAUUACAUCGUCACUCAAACCAACACUGCACUGCGCGAAGGCGGCUAAAUCGGCUACGGCCACAUUGCAACUCAUUAGGCGAGCAUUUAUGGGAUUUGACCCUGACUGCUUUUCCAAAAUAUUUGGCACCUUCGUGCGACCUCAUCUAGAAUACGCCAUACAGGCGUGGAGACCCUGGACUGCCAAGGAUUAUACCGUCUUGGAGAAGGUCCAGAGACGGGCGACCAAAAUGACACAAGGUCUGGGAGCACUGCCCUAUGAAACCAGACUUUCAAUCCUAAACCUGUUUCCCCUUUCCUACAGGCAAUUACGUGGUGAGCUUAUACUAACAUUUCGCAUCAUCAACGGCCUAGACUGUUGUUUAGAUCCCACUGAUUAUUUCACCCAAGCUAACACGCCCAAUUUGCGCGGUCAUCCCCUAAAACUACGCGCAGGGAAAUCAAGAACCAAUGGACGAAAGUCCUUUUUCAGUAACAGAGUGGUUGCAGCCUGGAAUGCCCUACCUACCGAUGUUGUAACCUCCUCCUGUGUGAACUCCUUCAAGUGUAAACUUGACCUGCAUCAAGCUUCCCAAUUACCAACCCCACAUCCACUCACAUAA